AUGAUUGGUGCUCGCCGUGAGCUGAGCGCGCAAGCAUCGACUGAUUCUGCGAGAUGCAGCCGAAAACAUCGUAAUUCUAUUAAGAAACGUCAAAGUAGCGUAGCAGACUACCUAAAUAUUACGGUGGCACUUAUGUUUUCUGUCAUUAAGCAUGCUGUUCAGUGGAUUAUGAAUCUUUUGUGGGAUAUAUCGUUGCAACUAUGGGACAUCACCCUAUAUAUAAUUGUGGCUGGUUACACCAGUAUUGUUUUCAACUGCCAACGAUGCUGGUAUUCUACAUUAGAUGCACAGAGAAAAUGCUGGGAAAAUAUUCGAUUGUUCAAUAUAAAAAGAGUAUGGACAAAUCAGAAAAAGGUUGUUGAAUGGGGUAUGAAUGAAAAUAUUCAAUUGCCGAUAACAGGCGAAGAAGCAAUGGAACGAAUUUUGAAAUGUCGCGGACGUGAUGCGUAUAUGAUACUGGGUUUAAGAGCUGACUGUAAGGAUGAUGAUAUUAAGCGGUAUUAUAAAAAACAAGCUGUUCUCGUGCAUCCUGAUAAGAACCGAUUAAGUGGAGCAGAUGAAGCUUUCAAAAUUCUUUCGAAGGCUUUUGAUGCGAUUGGUACACCUGAUGUUCGAAAUAAAUAUAAUAUUGCCAAUUUACAUAAAAAUCCACUGCACAAGGAAAUGGACGAAUUAUGGGAGCGCUUGCGCGAAAAGAUGAACGCAGCACGGAAUGCGAUGUGCUGCGAUUGUGGUAAUACGCAUACACGUAUACCAGUAGAAAGUAUUCGAGCUUCAGAAGCCCGUUACUGUAAGAAGUGCAAACUUCGUCAUCCCGCUAAACAUAAUGAUAUUUGGGCAGAAACUCGUUUCGGUGGCUUUAUCUGGAUCUAUUAUGCAUGUUUGGAUGGUGUUGUCUAUGAUAUCACGCAGUGGGCUACUUGUUCGAGUAAUCACUUGAAGCAUAUGAAAGCCAACAGUCAUAUGGUGCAAUAUCGUUUAGUGACAACAACCGGACCAUCAAUGAACAAAAAUCCGUUGAAACAGGCUAAAAAUGGACAAGAAAGGCAUGAGUACAAUGAUUUGUGCUGUUAUAAUCGGGGAGGACUGGACGAUGGUGGAUGUACUUGUUCGGUAUCGCUUGGUUACGGUGCUCCAGCUACAGCAUCACAACAAGCAUCCUAUCGUCCACCGGACAGGAACCCAUUAAACGUUGAUCGACCGCGUCGUGCUGGGAGACGUCGAAGGCAGCGCUGA